AUGGCUCAACCACGUUUGCGCAUGUCGGACCUUUUCCCCGACCCAAACGAAGACAGAUCCCCGGUGGCCCUGGACGAAGCCACCCGGGCUCUGUACCGCCGGGCGAUUGACAGCCCAUCGUCCUUGACCGACGAAGAGCGGAGAACAAUCGCUCGCCGUCCCCCGGCCCCCGAGGAAGACGAGCAAUGUCAGCAAGCCUGCGGUCUCACGUUCUCCGAACUCGUCCGCAAAGCCAUCGACCAGCGCGAUGCCCUCUCGUAUCGCGAGGCGGUCUUUCUCGUGGAACGGUCUGUCCCGGGCGACACGGGCCGAUGGCUGCGCUACCUGCAUAGUCUGAGUGAAGCCGACCAGAAUCUCCUACAUGCAGCGAUUGACGCGGCGUGGGCGGAGGACAUGCGCGAAGCUCGCGCUAAUGCGCAUGCAGUGCAGAAACGAGCCCUGCAGGCGAGCUCGGCCGCGGCAAGGUAUCUGAAUGAUGAUGACAUACGGCAUGUGCGGCUGGCUAUGAUGCUCCCGUGGCAGGAGCAGGUGGUCUUGGAUACGGAGAGCGAGGUGUGUGGAUUAGUGGGUUUCUAUACGGACCAGGAGGAGUGGCCGGCCUUCCAGAAGCAGAUUGAGACGGCUAUUUAUCACGGGUUGCAUUAUCGGCCGGAAACGAUUAAGGAUGAGGCGCUUGCCAAGUUCACUAUGCAUUGGAUCCCUAUCGAUGAGUCAUCCGAUCGGGAUCUGCGAGAGGUUUUCGCCGCAAAGAAGAAUCUGGGUGGAUUUCCGCGGGGUCUGCGGACCGACUCGUUCUUGUUCGUCGAUCAGGAGGCACUGCAGUCCCGGGACUCGACGAGACCGUUUGUCUGGCUGUGGGAGCCGAAAGGGCCCAGCACCGCUGGAGAGAACGAUGACAAUGAGCUAGGUCCCCUUAAAAUUGACAUUAAGCAUAUUGCCCCGACGCUCUUCGCCCGUCUCACUCAGCGGGACUUCGCGACGGAGGAGGCGAGACGGAAACCGUAUCGAUUGGACUCCACGCUCAAGACCCUUCACCGCGUUACCUGGAAGCAUCCUACGACCCGGGGAAGAGAUGGGAUUUGGCCGGCUCCCGCGCGAUUUAUGUAG